AUGAUUCCUUGGGAAGGUUUAUGGCCUUUUGGCCUGAUGCUAACGUUCUUUGGGCUAUCUGGUGGUGCCAUGAAUGCCAUUUUUGUCAAUUCCAUCACCAGAAGCACAGAGUCGUCAAAGUCCCCGCAGCUUGACGAUAACAACGAUCGUAUAUUUGUGAAGCCAAGGUUCAAUACCGAUCAAUGGGAUAAGUACUUGGCUAUUAGAGACCUGAGACUCACCGGUUCUCUUAGAGGCCAACAAGCUGAGCCAGAGGCACACGAAUCAUUCGAGACGAACUCGCUGGUUUUUGCCAGCGAACAGAAAAAGCCUUGGGUAGUGAGAAAACACUUCAUCAUGCGCAACACUCCUUCCAAAUGGAUGAGCAGAUACGACCCAGAACAGUCCAAUAAUCUGCAGUCCAUGAACGAAGAUUUCUUAAGGGGUAUGAAGAAGAGCUAG